AUGUCCUCCAACCAACAACAACAACAACAGCAGCAGCAGCAACAACCCCGUGUCAUCAUGGACGCGCACCUGCGUCGUCCGGGCCCCGCCGCACGUCAACAGCUGCCUCCCGCCGGUGCGGUGAGGGAUAUUCGGCAGACGAAGGAGUAUAAAGCUGCUGCGAGACGAUGGCUGUCCACGAUCGUGGCGUUGCCGAUCCUGAUGUAUACGUCUUGGAUGCUUUAUGAGAGGACGUAUGGGGAUAAAAAGCCAAAGAGGUUUGUUGGGAGGGGAGAAAGGGAGGGUGGGAAUGAGAAUUAACCAGAUGGAGAAUGUAUGUAUAUGUACUGUUUGUAUAUUAGUACUUUCUUUUUACUUACUUGACCCUGUUUUGUUUACUUUAUUUACUUCGCUUUACUUUAUGUCUACAGUUCUACAGUUCUACAAUUCCAGAAUGUCUGGAAAGAAGGAAGGAU